AUGGUGUCGUCAGUUUUAGAAGGUAGUGUUGGGUCCUCUGGAUCAGAUGAAAACCCUCACUGGCAAUCCGUACUAACGUGUUAUUUAUGCGGUGAACUCUUCCGAAGGCCUCGGAUAUUACCCUGUGGACAUACCUUCUGUAGUGAGUGCUUAGCCCGGCUUCGAGAGGAAGUGAUACGCGAAGGGAAAUUAAACGGAACAUACAGUAACAAAAUGAAGGAGAUUGGACAUUUUGUGUGCCCAAUGCCCGAAUGUAGAUAUUCUAUGCGUUUGAUGAACUUGACUCGAUUCUCGGCUAAAAAUAAAACAGUGUCCGAAGCUAUUGGUGCUUUAAAAAGACAACAACAUGAUAGACAGCGAUUACAGCCAAUCAGAGACCUAGACAGAAAGCCUGUAAACAUUACAGUGGCUGUAUUCGCUAACGUACAAUCCAACCAAAUCGCUGCAUUUACAAACUUCCGUGAUACGAGAAAGGUGACUAUUGCAGUCGAGGACGCGAGUACUCAGACAGAUAUCACUCUAGAGUCAGUAAUUAUUGCCAUACCACAAUCUCUUAUACAAAAUACAAGGAAGAAAAUGGAUGGGAAUUCAACGUUUGUAAAUACUGUAUUUCAAAGAGCAAUUAGUAUGGACAAUAUCAGUUCCCAUUAUAUACCACCACGUGAUUUUACCUGGAGAUCAUGCGUUGCUAUGCUCGGUGUUAAUAUCAUUCAACAAAUCAUGCAAAUGUAA